AUGAUGACAUCCAUGUGGCAACGAUGGACCACCACUCCAUCGUCUUCGGAUGAUUUCUUGUUGGAAGAGGGAGCCGCCGCGGAGGAACGCGAUGAACACGAUGAACACGACGACUUGCCCAAACAAGUCCACGUGGGUUUGUCCAUUGAUUCCUCUCACAAAAGCGAGACUUCCAGUCUGAGUGAUUUUGAAGAAGGAAUGCCAUUGUGGGCCAGAGACAAUACUCCGCCUCGUUCCAAUUUGCGGACGCUGAAUGGUGGUGAAGACGGCAAUAACAUUGAUGAUGACGAUGAUGAUGGUCAAGACGAGCCACCUAAUCAUCGUCCUCAUGUGCCAUUGAAUCUGGAAAUCGAUCCAAUUGGAUUUCAAAUUCCAAUUCCCCAGCGCUGGCCUAUUUCUUUGGACUCUCCGCAUACAUCGACCUUGACGCAGCGUUCCAAGACUUCCACCAUCCCUUGUUCUUUGCCAACGUUGCCAAUGAAUGGUAGCCAAUUGCGAGGACCAGACGAUGAUGCUGUUGCUAAAAUGGAUCCAUUUCAAAUGCAAAACAAAAAGGCUGUAUCCGGCAAAAAGUUGAUGCGAAUGGUUUUUGCCGUUCUGGCCAUUGGACUUAUGGCCGUCUCGGUUCAUCAACAACGCGCUCUUCCAGAAUUGUGGUGGGAACGUGAACAAGGAGGAGCUAAAUUACGACGACACAAUUUGCCUACGUUCACAACACAACAAAGAAAGGCACAACCCCAACUAGCUACCUUUGAUACCAACAACCACCAGGUUCCGCAACGCCGAUCCAAUUUGGCAUUUGCUCGAGCUUCUUCCCAAUUGCCCGUCUUUGAAACCCAAAGCGAUGACGAACUAUUUACAGACAUUUCCAAUUCGAGUCCCUUUGUAUCCUUUUUGGGAGGAUGUGCCUUUGUUGCGAUUCUACUUGAGACGGGGUGGAAGGGAUACCAAAAGUCCAAAUUACAACGCAAUCAGACACAAGCCAUUCGACGGUUGUACAAACAGACUAACUGA